GUCAUCCCCAUCUCCUUCCUCUCAAACACCAAACCUGCGGAAAACCAGCUCAGCCCCCUGUAAAAUCAACUAUGGCACAAACACAAAACCAACCAAAAACGCCCCACAUAGCAAUUGUACCGAGUCCUGGAAUGGGUCACCUGAUCCCUCUCGUUGAGUUCGCUAAGCGACUCGUUUCUUGCCACCCCGAGUUUUCCAUCACCUUCGUCAUCCCCACCUCUGGCGCUCCCGCAAAGGCCCAGGAAUCUACCCUCGAAUCUCUCCCUAGCUCAAUGGACUACACUUUUCUCCCUCCAGUUGAUCUCAGCGACAUCCCUGAAGAUACAAAAAUCGAGAGCAUAAUCUGCCUCACUAUGGCUCGCUCAGUUCCCGCUCUACGCGACUCCUUCAAGUCGAUGAUUGCAACCAAGUCGGUGGUGGCCGUGGUCGUUGAUCUCUUUGGAGCGGACGUGUUCGACGCAGCCAAAGAUUUCAACAUCUCGCCGUAC